CAACGGCGAGGGUGGGCGGCCUCCGAGGGAUCUGUCCCCCCCCAUCACGGUUUAUUUGAGGAAGCUGGUGGCUCCGAUGCGGAGGAGAUUUGAGGUGCCAUAGAGCAGAUUAUCUCGUGGUUGGCGACGGGUCCUCAGCGCUGGGCCUCCUCUUGGACCAGCUAUGAUUCACAGCCUUUUCCUCAUUAACUCCUCCGGAGACAUUUUCCUGGAGAAACACUGGAAGAGUGUGAUCAGCCGUUCGGUUUGCGACUACUUCUUCGAGGCCCAGGAGCGGGCUUCGGAGGCUGAAAAUGUGCCCCCGGUGAUUCCGACCCCUCACCAUUAUCUUCUGAGCGUGUAUCGGCACAAGAUCUUCUUCGUGGCCGUGAUCCAAACAGAAGUGCCACCGCUUUUCGUCAUUGAGUUCCUUCACCGGGUGGUGGAUACUUUUCAGGAUUAUUUUGGAGUCUGCUCCGAGGUUGUCAUCAAGGACAAUGUAGUGGUGGUCUACGAGGUGCUCGAGGAGAUGCUGGACAAUGGUUUCCCUUUGGCAACAGAGUCCAAUAUUCUGAAGGAGCUGAUCAAGCCGCCGACAAUCCUCCGGACAGUUGUCAAUACAAUCACAGGAAGCACCAAUGUGGGAGAGCAGCUUCCUACAGGGCAGCUCUCCGUGGUCCCCUGGCGACGGACCAGUGUGAAGUACACCAACAACGAAGCCUACUUUGAUGUGAUUGAGGAAAUAGACGCCAUCAUCGACAAGUCAGGUUCCACAAUUACGGCUGAAAUCCAAGGGGUGAUCGAUGCCUGCGUGAAAUUGACUGGGAUGCCUGACCUCACUCUCUCCUUCAUGAACCCCCGGUUGCUCGAUGAUGUCAGCUUCCACCCCUGUGUGCGUUUCAAGCGGUGGGAAUCAGAACGCAUCCUGUCCUUUAUCCCCCCAGAUGGGAACUUCCGCUUGCUCUCUUAUCACGUCAGCGCUCAAAACUUAGUGGCCAUCCCGGUCUAUGUGAAGCACAACAUCAGUUUCCGAGACAGCAGCUCCCUUGGCCGCUUUGAGAUCACCGUGGGGCCCAAACAGACCAUGGGGAAGACCGUGGAGGGGGUCCUGGUGACCAGCCAGAUGCCCAAAGGAGUCCUUAACAUGACUCUCACACCCUCACAGGGGACACACACGUUUGAUCCUGUCACAAAGCUGCUGACGUGGGAUGUGGGAAAAAUCAACCCCCAGAAGCUGCCCAGUUUGAAGGGGACCAUGAGUCUUCAGGCAGGAGCCUCCAAGCCUGAUGAGAACCCUACCAUUAACCUGCAGUUCAAAAUCCAGCAGUUGGCAAUCUCUGGUCUGAAGGUGAAUCGCUUAGACAUGUAUGGAGAGAAGUACAAACCUUUCAAAGGGAUCAAGUACAUGACCAAGGCUGGGAAGUUCCAAGUCCGGACCUAAGAGACCUUCUGCCCAGGUCUUCUACUCCACCUCUGCUCUCCUCUUCCUCAUGGUUGCUCCUUGGUGUGACCCAUCUGGAUUUUUUCUGAGACAGGCAACUUUUCCCCUGGUUGGGCCAGCCCCUCCUCAAAUAUUGGAGCUCUUAGGUGGCAACAAAGAGCAAGCAGGAGAAGCAGCAAUUUCCCUUCAGGCUUGUUGGCGUUCAGCUUCAGCAGACGCUGUGCUUUUGUCCCUUGGGCCGUGGGUGGCGGCUGGGCUCUUCGCCGGCUGGAGCUGCAGCAGAAGAGAUGUCGGAGAAUCCCAACAAGGAGAGGCUUGAGAGAUCUAACCCUGAAUAAUCUUCCUGCUUAUUGUACGGGAUUCUGGCUGGAAAAGAGCUCCAUGCCCAUGUAAGGUCCAACAGAAGGUCUUUAUUCCCCUCCCUGUCUUCAUUCAGCCCUGCCUUAUUUAAAUGUGUCCGUUUGGACAGAAACAGAAAAGAGACAACUCUUUCCUCAGACAGUUGUUGGUGAUCUAAAAGUGGCAUUUCAGACCCAUGUAAAUAUGCUCGGCCCUGGCUGUUGUCUAUGGUGAUAAAGAGGAUUUGCAGGUUUGGGGAUAGAGCUUGAGAAGUGAGUUUGCUCCAGUUAUACGGGAGCAAAAAACACGAGCAUAUAUCCUGUUGGAACGUAACAUCUGUGGUAUCAUCUUCAGCUUUCUGAAAACUCUUCCCUAUCUGAGUUUCUUUCGGGGGGGGGGUAUAGUCACGAGAAGGCCAUGUACAAAUAUCUAUUUAAUGCGAUGGCUACUAAAGGAAUGGGGUAGCAGCGGUUUGGGCUUUGAGGGGUGGAGCACUCUAAUUGUUGGGCUGUGCUUCCUCAUCUGCAUGUGCUUGCAUGUUGCACUGCCAGCUGUUCUCUCUGACGUGCAUUGCUGAUAUACAAAUAGAUCUGCUUUCACCAGUCUGGUGCCCCCUGGCUGCCUGGGUGUACAGCUGCUGUCUCCUGAGCUUCUCCCAGUGAAUAGGAAUUGCAGUCCAGCAUGUCUUCUCAACGCCAGGCUGCUGGUCCUUUUUUUGGUGCAACUUCUCUCUUAGAGCUUCAGGGUGUUGCCCCCCUUAAGUCUGAGCUAGAUCAGAGCUGGGUGUGUUUCCAUUCUGAUCUGGGCUGCCCUCUCCUGUUUCAUUCAUUGAGAGGAAAACCCAAGGCCAAUCCAGGUGGAUGUCAUGUGGCAGGGUGGCUCAUUUGUGGAAGGCCAGCGCCAUUAAACACUCCAAAAACUUGGAGCCAAGAUCCGCUGGUCAGGUUGGCCAACGCAGACUGUGCCAAAACACUCUUGGCAUGUGGACUUUGCCACUCAAUUUUCUUAUUUUUGCUUAAAGAUGGUGUGAGUUGGAAUGAUGUUGCAGGACAGGAAAGAAAUGAUGGCUCAGCCAUUGCAAGGGGGUGUGCCUGUCUGCAUUUUAGAAAAUUUUAAAAGCCUGCGCUUUUUAGAAAGCAUCCAUCUGAGGCUGACAGUCAUCUUCAUUUCCACUGAAGAGGCUAAGAGGGCAUAAGCUCCUUUUUAUAAUAACGAGGCCCAUUUUUUGAAUGAGGUGUGUUCAGGAUCUAACUGGGUUGGAAAAUGCUGAUGUCGCGUUCUUAAUAGCUGUUCGUCUGAGAUGUCUCUUCUUUUGGCUUCAUGCAUCUCCCGGUCAACCUUUAGAUUAGCUCUUCUUUGGCCCCUCUCUUUGUGUUAUGGUCUGAGAAUCUUGCAGGCCUCCCAAUCUAGCACCUUCUGGAUUGGGUGUUCAAAGGAUUCAGAAGGACAUCCAGUCUUCUCUCUUCUGCCCCAGAAUUCAGGAGUCUGCUGGCUCCCUUUCUGACCAACGAAUUUUAUUCAAAGGCAUCAGCUUUUGUCUUUUAGACAAAAUUUGAAUAAAAUUUGUUGGUUGGAAAAGGUGCUACUUCUGAAUUUUUGCCACCAAACCUGGCUCUUCUCCUACCAUCUCCUCUGCCCAGUGACUGGCUGUUGCUCCUUCCCUCUCAGCUUGCGCUCUUCUUGGAAGGAGAACUGGGGAGUGAAGGAAGUUUCUCAAGUGUAGGAUUAUAAUAUGUUCUUCUCUGUAUAUGUGUAGUUAAGCAUCCUUGACUUACAAGCCUGAGGAUGUUGCUGUGGAGCAAUGCAGUUGAACUCACCCAGUUCCCACCAGCCCCAGCCAACAUGGCCAGUGAUGAGGGAUGUUGAGACCUGUAGUCCAGUAGGAUCUGAAGAGCAAAGAUUGCCUCUUGCUGCUUCAAUGCAGCCUGUCUUGUAUGGCUUCUGGGUGUCGUUUCAACUGAGAGAAAUGGUGCCUAGCAAAAACACCCAUGGAAUUUCUGCAUGGCCUGGAUGGAGUAUAUGAAUAUAUUUAGUGUCCUGAACAAUCGAUAAAGCCCCUUUUAGCCAUUUAGUGUUUGGGAUCUAAUGAAGAGAAGUAUGAACAACUAAUGAAGCUGGCUUGGAAGAGGAUCAGGAACCCAGUAGCUGGGACAGUAGUUUGCUUUUACUAUCUGAUGCCUGCCCGCCAGGGCUGGGUGUCAUGUCUGUGGGAAAGGGAUGAGGAACUUUCUCCUGGGGUGGGCGCGGGGUGGAAGGGGAGGGAAGG